AUGACGACCGAAGUACCGUAUGCUGCCGACGCUGAGGAUUCUCUCACCUACGACGAGCUCGAGGUCCUCCGACUACAGUACCAGAAGGAACUGUCCCAGGCACAUGUCACAACACAGACCAAGUUCAACUAUGCAUGGGGAUUGGUUAAGAGCCCAAUAAGGGACCACCAAAUCGACGGUGUGCGGCUACUGCAAGAUAUCUAUCGCACAGAACCCACACGGCGGAGAGAAUGCCUAUACUAUCUUGCUCUUGGGCACUACAAGAUGGGGAACUACGAGGAGGCUAAGAAGUUCAACGCCUUGCUUAUGGAGAAGGAACCCGCAAAUCUUCAAGCGCAAUCACUAAACCAACUCAUUGACAACAAGAUUGCCAAGGGUGCGGCUGCUUUCCCGCAAGGGUACAUUGGAAUGGCUAUCGUCGGAGGUGCAGCAACACUGGGAGCCAUCCUUCUAGCAGGCAUCAUACGGCGAGCUACUCACCACCGUAACUAG